AUUCAUGAAAUAAAAGCAUCGAGCAACCGCCACGCGAACUCUAUAAGCCAACAUUUAAUGCUCGUAAAAUACUUGAAAGCAACAGCAAAGCAAAAUUAGUGGGGAGAAAGUGCACAUGCUGCAUGUGAAAAUGUAUGUGUAUUUAAUAGAGCGCACUAAUAUUUUAAGUUAAAUUGGGGGAAGAAUGGUCUUAUUGGAUUAAACAAAAUUGAAUAGGUAUGGAUGGAGUUCACGAGGACGUGUUGGGUGAACUGAGGAAAACAUUCAGUAGUGGAAGAACAAGAGGGGUUACAUGGAGGAAAGCACAGCUUCAAGGUAUUUUAAAGCUACUUGUUGAAAAAGAAGAAGAGAUCUUUGAAGCACUUAAACAGGAUCUUGGAAAGCACCCCGUUGAAUCUUUUCGUGAUGAAGUUGGUGUGGUGAAGAAAUCAGCUACGAAUGCAUUGCGUUGUGUUGAGAAGUGGAUGGCCCCUCAGAAGGGCCGAAUGCCAUUAGUUUUCUUUCCAGCAAGAGGGGCUGUAGUCUCAGAGCCGCUGGGAGUAGUGCUCAUUUUUGCAUCCUGGAAUUUUCCCAUCUCUCUAGCCUUAGAUCCAGUAAUUGGAGCAAUUUCGGCUGGAAACACCAUCGUUCUCAAACCUUCAGAUCUAGCACCAAAAUGCUCCUCUUUUCUAGUCAAUACAAUACCUCUAUACUUGGAUCCAGAAGCUAUUAAAGUUGUUGAAGGUGGAAAAGAAGUGGCAGAACAGCUAUUGCAACUAAAAUGGGACAAGAUAUUUUUUACUGGUAGUCCACAAGUUGGGCGCCUCAUAAUGUCAGCAGCUGCAAAGCAUUUAACACCUGUAACUCUAGAGCUGGGUGGAAAAUGUCCUACCAUCUUUGACACACUAUCUAAUUCCUCUGAUUUACAGGUGGCUGUCAAGAGGGUAGCGGGUGGCAAGUGGGGUUCAUGCAAUGGACAAGCAUGCAUUGGAAUCGAUUAUGUGCUCGUGGAAACACAAUUUGCUCCCGUUCUGAUUGAACUAUUGAAGAAGUACAUCAAGAAAUUUCAUGGUGAAAACCUAAAAACUUUGAAAAAUCUCGCCAGAAUCGUGAACAAGCACCACUUUGAUAGAGUACACAAUCUUCUGAAAGAUCCAAAAGUUGCAGCAGCUGUUGUUUAUGGAGGCUCAGUAGAUGAGAAAAAUAUGGCCAUUGAGCCAACAAUCUUGUUGAAUCCUCCACUUGAUGCUGAUAUCAUGACUGAAGAAAUAUUUGGCCCAUUGCUUCCAAUCAUCACACUGAAUAAUAUUGAAGAAAGCAUUCAGUUCAUAAACUCGAGGCCAAAACCUCUUGCAAUAUAUGCAUUUACCAAGAACGAGUCAUUGAAGGAGAAGAUCUUGCAGGAAACAUCUUCCGGAAGUCUGACUUUCAAUGAUGCUGUAAUUCAGUUUAUAUGUGACAUAUUACCAUUCGGAGGCGUUGGUCAGAGUGGUCAUGGACGUUACCAUGGGAAGUACUCUUUUGACACAUUUAGUCAUGAAAAAGCAGUUCUACAUAGGAGCUUCUUAAUUGAGUUGGAACCAAGGUAUCCUCCAUGGAAUGAUUUCAAGAUGGAGUUUGUCAGUUUGGCUUACGACUAUAACUAUGUUGGGCUUAUACUGCUCUUGCUUGGGUUGAGAAGAAUAUUCAGAACAAACCGCAGGCAGUAGAGGAUGAAAUCUUCUGACUCAGAUAAGGUUAAUCUAUCAAACAGAAGUUUCUUACCAAUAUUAAGAUAGCUAAUGUUGUCACUCGCUUGCUCCAGUGGGAAGUUGGGUGCGAAACUGUAUGAGAAUUGUCAUCUGUGUUCAGAAAUCAAUUGUGGUACUCUUAUUUGUUUCAUUACUUGCUAUAUUACAGACAAAAGUUAAAAAUGAGUACUCAUGAAAGUGUUUGUUCAAAGACAACUACUAAAGUUAUUGCUGUAAAGUUACCUCUA